AUGAUGUUUUCCUCCCUGAUUGAUGGAAUGGACCACAGCAUUUCUCUGAGGCAUGGACUCAGCCUCUUCUCCUUGCCACCACCCAGUUCCAGCACCACCCAGAGACACCUCCCUGCAGGGACAAGGCCAGGCGACCUGGAGAUAUUCUCCCCUCCCUCUAUCACCCACACACUGUCACCAUUCACCUCCCCCAUUCCGCCGGUGCCUUUGUCUCCAUUUCUCAUGUCACCUCCGUCACUGAUGCCCCCCGCUGAAUCACAUCACCACCAUGCUUAUCUCAAACGGCUACAGAAGAACCCCAUGUUCAGAGAUCUACAAAAUCUUCUUGCUCAGGAGUGCUUACACAUGCAGGUACCAACUAAUCUCAUUGACUCCAGUCAGAACAACACAACUGUGAAAUCAGAACAUUGUGAUGUGUUUCCUAGACACAUGAAGUUACAGGAGAAAUUCUUGGAGUUACGAGCCAUCGAAUCUUUACGAUCAGAGGGACUAAAUCUGGAGUCUACGUACAGUGGUGAGGUGGGACAGAUCGAGGUGUCACGUUAUCAGGCUCUGUGUGCAGCAGGAAUCUCUGAUCAACACCGGAAAGCCGUCAAUCAUCACCAUGACGUGAAAAGGCUAGAUCUCAUUCAACAGUAUGAAGUCAUUUUACAACAAGUCCAAAAUAAAAAGAAUCUGCCUCAUGUGUCCUCAAACGAUGUCAUCAGCAAGCCGCUCUUAACAACAGACAAAGGUGUAGUCAGCAUGGCUUUCCCUCACAAAUCCAGUGGACAGGUAGCAAGACAGUUAGCUUUUGCUGCUGGUAAACAGAACAAUCCUUGUGUCAAAAGACCAGAUACACCUGAUUCCAUCCCUGAAGUGGUUAGUUCACCAGAAUGUUUAGAAGUUGACUUGAGCAGAGAGAUUGUAACUGAUGAGGAAACAGAUUCAAGUUUCUUCAGGACAAAGACCAUGCUUGGGGAUUCUGGGAUAUGUGAGGAUGAUGCAAGUUCCUGUGUGUCCGAUGGAAGUGAUCCUCAUUCAGAUUCUGGCAAGUGUAGUGAUGACUCCAAGUUAAGUGCAAUAAUUCCUUCUAAACCAAAUUGUGUUUUACAACCGUUUGACAUAAACACACAUACACAUAUCUUUAAUGGUGGGAAUUUCUUCAAAAGAAGUAGAGACUUUGUGACAGAGGAUGACAGAAGUGAAGAAACUAACCAAUCAAAAGAAAGUGACAACACUGUUACUGAUGAGACUGUUAUUAUGGGAAGACAUUCUCUCAAGAGGAAACGGGGUCCUGAAUCUAAUGAUGAAAACAUCGAGUCAAAGCAGCUAAGAAUUUCAGAAAAUCCUCGGGGAAAAAAGAUAACUGCUGAAUCUACCCGUAUCCUGUCUACCUGGUAUGAUGAGCACAUUCGAUAUCCUUAUCCGUCAGACCUAGAGGUGGAACAACUCGCCGAGCAAACAGGACUAACUCAUCAGCAGAUCAAGAAAUGGAUGGCCAACAAGCGAGUCCGUAACUACAAUACUCUCUCCAUCACUGGCAAUCAACAUCCAAUCAAAUUCAAGUUCAAAGGUCAGCGAUACUCAGACAAUGGACCAGAUGGGAAACCAAACAACUACAAGCAACUUCAUCCAGAAGCUCGGCGGAUUCUCAGCGAGUGGUACGAUGCUAACAGGGAAAAUCCGUACCCAUCGGAUGAAGUGAAAAGUGAACUGGCCAAAAGGACUGGAAUCUCGGAACAACAAGUGAAGUCUUGGUUUGCUAACAAGAGAAGUCGGGCUAAUAACACGAGGAAACAAGUACCCAACUACUUCAUCAAGAAAUUUCCCGAGUUCACCAGUCAUGUACAGAUGGUGAGCCUCACUCGAGAACUCGCCAGGAAAUCCAAACGAAGUGAUUGUAUUGACUCAGUCUUACAGUGUGCAUAUAGGAACUAA